AUGUUGCAGGUGGAGCUGGAGGGUUGGGUGCCUCUGUGGGAAAAGCCCAACGGAAUCCCCCCUGCCGACAUUUCCUGGCUAAAAGAGGACACAGAAAGAGGGCUUUUCACCUCUGUUCAGGUGCACAAGGACAACGCGGGUCUGUUCAAGAGGCGGCGGGUGAUGAGGUCUGACCGCAUGUGGUUUUACCCACCAGAGCCUCCUGGCUACGUCAGGAGUGGUGUGCCAUCUCCACAGCCCUUUUUCCGGAACCGUGUCUUUGUGUGGCGCCCUGUAGGAGUGUGGAGGUACUCCUUGAAGUGUCCUCGAGGGGAUGAGUGUGUGGGAAGAGGACAGAAUGUGUACCUCUACAAGUCUGGCUACCACCACCGGGUACGACACAUCUGUGACGUGUCCAGCUGGUACACGAUGGUCACUGAAGUCCUGUGCUGUGGACCAUGUACAAAGGCAGCCAGAAGUGGAGAAGGCAGCGCAUUCGGCCGAUGGCUAGCAUGGGAUUCCGCUAUUGUAACUCAAAUCAGCGAGGCUCAUCAGGCCAUGUUCCCUGCCAUCCUCACCAGCAAGCGCGGUGUGGAUAGAAACGUUGUGCGCCUUUUGAGGGACAGAACCGAAGGGAACACGAUGGUCAAAGUGUGGCGGCAGAUUCAAGAGAGUCACGUCGAGGAGCACCUUCAGCGUAUGGACCUGUACACCACGCUCCUCAUGACUCUCGUGGAACCCGGAGGGAUCGUCUCUGCAUUAGGGCACACUUUCCAGGCUCCAUCUCCUCAAAGGGAGCUUCCCUCUGCGCGGCUCUUGCGACAUGCCUUCCUGUUGGCAGAGGCUGGUAACGUUCAGGACUACAGGAGCCAGAUCCUCUCCACUUUUGGCACUGUACUGAAAAUGGACUCAACCAAGAAGGUGGUGAAGAAGCUGUCUGGGGAAGGUGCACGCUCUGCCAAGUGGUUCACCAGCAUCGGAAACGAGCAUUCCCAGGUAGUUUCCUUUGUUCUGACUUGCGAGGAGUCUGCUGAGAAGCUGAGUCCGAUGUGCCGAGGUGUCGUGGACAGGUUUCGGAUGGCCAAUCAACCCGUUCCUAAAAUCCUGUACGUGGAUCGUGGUUGUUGCCGUGCCCAGGGCCGUACAGCAGUGGAGGUUUUGUUCCAGCCUUGGGUGGAUGAUGGAAUGAUCGUGCGUCUGGACAUAUUUCACUGGAUCCACCGCUUUGAUGUAGCCAUCCGAACAGAGUCUCACUCCAAGUACGCUGCAUUUAAAUCUGCGCUAGCUGGGGCAGUGCUGGCCUAUAACCGCACGGACUUGGAGCUACUCAUCAAAGCUGUCUGAGCAAAAUAUCCAGCAACGAUGUCUACGGUCUCAGAUGAGGUCGUUGUCCGCCACCACAUCUCGAGGGAACAGCUGAAGCACCAUGUGCGGAGGGUGACUCUUGGGGCUCAGGAAACGUUCCGACUCGUCCAUUUGGCCAUCGAGGAGCU